AGUGGAAGUGGAAUAUUCUCCUUUCUUACAGAUGUUUUUCAUAGUCUUCAAGAUGGUUUUCUUCAGCCUGUAUGCGGAUGAAGUGGACGUUUUAAUAGACAUCAUGGAGGACUCGCAUCACGCAGAGGUCAAAGGUCCAGGCACUGAGACCUGCCGAGCGAUCAAGCGCCAUGACUUCUUGCUAAAUGUUGGCCUGGACUUCGUGUGGGUCGUCGCAGUCGUCGUCUUUGUCGUGCUCCUGAUUGUGACGCCCUUCUGGGCCGAUCAGAGCCUGCCCAUCCAUGCGGUCUUCCCGCUGGAGCUGCACGACCCGGCCAAGCACCCGAUUGCCCACCUCGUCAUCUACGUCUGUCAGAGCUUCAGCAUGGCGUACCUCAACAUUUGGCUCGUGGCCACCGAGGGCCUGUCCAUCUCCCUCUACGCCCAGGUGACGACUGCCCUGAGUGUCCUGUGCGUGGAGCUGCAGCAGCUGCGGCACUUCUGGGGCGACAGCAGCGAGGAUCGGCUGCGACUGGAGCUGACUCGUCUGGUCAGGACUCACCAGAGUAUCAUUCUCACUGUCGAUCGCUGCAAUCAGCUGUUCCACGGACCCCUCAUCAUGCAAAUGACUGUCAACUUUCUGCUGGUCUCCCUCUCGGUCUUCGAGGCCCUGAUGGCCCGCCACGAGCCCAAGGUGGCAGCCGAGUUCAUGGUCCUGAUGAUCCUGGCCCUGGGACACCUCUCGCUCUGGUCGAAGUUCGGCGACAUGAUGUCCCAGCAGUCGCUGGAGGUCGCCCACGCCGCCUACGAGGCCUACGAUCCGAGCGUUGGCUCCAAGCGGAUCCACCGGGACAUUGGGUUCAUGGUCCGCCGCUCGCAGCGUCCGUUGAUAAUGAGGGCCAGUCCCUUUCCCGCCUUCAACCUGAGCAACUACAUGGCUGUGAGUGGCUGCGUCUCGGACGAGCUGAGGGGCUGGACUAUCCUCUCUGACGCAUAUCCUUUCAGAUCCUGAAUCAGUGCUACGGCAUCCUCACCCUCCUGCUGAAAACCCUGGACUAGAUCGGAAGAAUCUACCGUUGGAUUUCCCCUUGAAAUAAAAACAAAUUGAAUUUUUA